AUGGCAACCAACAACCACAGUUGUUCACGGCUCCCUGCUGAGAAAGCUGGGGUCCUCAACAUCUCUCUCAUGUUAGUCCUGUCCGUUGCCAUAACGUUGGGCAACGUCAUCAGCCUGACGGUGUUCCUGGGCUCCAGGCGUUACCGCACCCCUCAGGGUUACCUCAAGGCCUCCCUGGCCACAGCCGACCUCGCCGUGGGGGUCCUGGUCAUCCCUUACUCGGUCCACACCGAGAUAAAGAAGCUCCUGGUGGGUGGAGGAGGCCCCGUCGCUGGGCCCCCGCCCCCCCGGGACCCAGGACCAGGGGGUUUCAGACCCUGCUACCUCAUAGGGCCUGUCUUCGCUGGGUGCACCUUUGUCUCAGUCUUUACCAUCUUCCUGCUCUCGGUGGAACGAAGCAUCACGGUUCUCAGGCCGUUGCACAAGAACGUGGUGGUGACCAAAGACCGCACCCUGGUUGUCAUCGGGGUGUCCUGGCUCUUCUGCUUCGCCCUGGCUGUGUCUCCCCUGCUGCUGAGUGCAGACAUCAUCCUGGAGUACAGCGCCUGCAGCAAGAUGUGCAACUAUGCCCUCUCCUCCACUGAGCCACCACAACACACUCGCGACCAGAGCGCGGCUGGAGGAGGGUGGAGCGUCAUGCUCCUUUUCCCCGCCUUCGACUUCUCUCUCCUGGGGGCGACCUACCUCGUCAACCUGGUCACCUUCUGUGCCGUGCAGAGGUUUUGUCGCGCCCGCAAGAACAUUCUCACCAAGGCUCAGCGCUCGCACAGGGGCCCGGCCUUCUCUGACCUGCAGGCGGCCAAGACCAUCCUCAUCCUCUCGGCCUUCCUGUCCGUCUCCGUGGCCCCCGUGGCGGUGCUGGUGGUGGGGAGCGUGGCAGGGGGUGCGGACUGGUGCUGGUUCUCCCUGUGUGCCUUCUGGAUCCUGGCCUGCAGCAGCGCCUGGAACGUCCUGAUCUACAGCGCCCGUGACCGCCGCUUCUGGCUGAAGGUUCGGGAGCUGUUCCUGGGGCGCAGGGGGGGCAGGGGGGUCAGGAGGCGACCUCCAGGGGGGGUGAGCGGUACGUGUCGGACCCCCACGUUGGGGGCAACUCCGGGUCACCCGGGGCGCUGUCAGAGAGGGGCCAGACGUGGGUUGACCUCUGAACUGCACGUGGCUCUGAGCUCUGAGCGGCCUGAGACUAGCAUCACCAUGGUCUCCAGACAGGGACCAUUGUCGGCACCCAGUCCCUCAACACCAGGCAGAUUCAGAUGA